AUGACCAGCUUGGGUGUACUGAACAGACAACUACAAGAUUUACCAAACUGGGGUAAAGCGGCUGUUGCUGGUGGUUUAGCCCUUGCUCUCUAUAUUCCCUACAAAUGGCUCACAACUGCACCGAGGAAGAGUCCAGUGAAACAGGAUUGGAAGAGCGGGAUCGUCUAUCUCUAUCAGUUUCCACGCACAAGGAUCCUGCCAAGUCCGUCGGCUCCUUGUCUGAAAGUCGAAACGUGGCUUCGUAUGGCGGAGAUACAAUAUGAGAACAUUCCAUGCUUCAUAUCGGUUCGUUCUAGAGAAGGCACCUUACCGUUCGUUGAGUUCGAAGGCGUCGAAUAUCCGGAUUCCUCGUUUAUUAUACGCGACCUUACACAAAUUCUUGGCGUAAGGCUGGAGGAUCAUCUGAACGACGAACAAAAAGCAGUGUCAAGAGCUUUUGAAGAACUUGCUCACAACUCCUUACUGGUGUCACACAAAUUGUUCAGACUAGAGCAUGUUUCAGAGGUGCACAAUAUAGUUCUCACGUGGACUUCGAUCGGUAAACAUAGCCGCGAAGAACAAAUCAGAAUCGGAAGUGAUGAUAUUCGUGCCAUUAGCAAGUAUCUCGGUUCCAAGCAUUACUUUACCGGGUUCAAGCCAACACGGGUAGGUUGCCCCUUCUUAUAUGUGCUUAGGUUUUAA